CCAAGAGCAGUGCACGACCGGGGUGCCGACGAGCAAGAUUCCCGACGCUGACAGACGCUCGCUGCUCCGCUGGCGACCAGCUAUUCCUCCCCGUCUUGGAUGUCUUGCUCGCCUAACCCGUCGAUUGCAUAUCCCCCGCCUGUCUUACUCGCAUUUGCUCCCCUUUUCGGCCGUCACAGGCGUGCCUUGUUGUGCUUGUGCGAUUGCGCCUUCGUCACGGCUGCACGUACUAGUAGCUUGCGCUUCGCAUCUACCAAGCACCGCCUGCCCUCUGACAGAGCCCGGCGUCCACGCCGCAGUCAUAUAUCGCUGUGGCCCAGACCGAUCCUCGGGUUCGCCACGCACAUAGCUUCAAAGUAUCGCUUUGCUAGACAAGCUCCUCCCGCCAAGGCCACCCUGCGACUUGCGCCUUGCUCCUACACAUACCUGCCAAUGUGGACGUCACGGCUGAAUGCCCGCCUGCCCUCAUAGUCCGCCCUCUACCUCUGAGCACCAUGGCGCAGGCAGACAGAUCGCACGUCCCAGCCUUUGUGCGCAUCUGCGGCCCGCCAAACAGUAACUUUUUGGUCGGGUACCCAGGCAUAUCCGCAACCCUGCCCAGAAUAGAAGGCAAGGUCGAGAUAAGACCUGCGUCAGGAUUCUCUGCUCCCGUCAAAGUGUCCCUCGUCACCAUAGCACUUUACCGCCGCGAAACGAUUCAUCCCUCCGCCGACAACAUCAAGAAGCACCUGGCCGCCCCACGCAAAGAGAUCACGGACAUAGUAGGGAAGGAAUUGAUGUUGUAUCGGUGCAGAGCGGGCGUGGAGUUCGAAAGCGUAUUGGCUAUGGACCUUCCUUUCGUCAUACUCAUCCCAUUUGGCCGCGGCGGCGAAGAAGUGGCGCGCAGAGUCCCUCCGGCAAGCUUGCAACUGCCAAGUAGGACGGCAGAAACGUGGUACGAGCUUGUGGUAAGCCUGCAGCAGGGCCACGCAGAACAAAGGAAGUUCUCGAGCCCGGUGCCCAUUUCGAGGUACGACACGCUCAGCACGUUCGGCAUGUACAACCGACCUGAGUCCGCGGAACGAGUAUCCGAUCACCUCGUCACACUGGGAAUAUCGUUGCCACGGUGGUCAUACGGUCCUCUCGACCCCGUAAGCGUAUACAUCAAGCUUAGCCCGAACCCUGACUGGAUGUCCAAGGCCAAAAAGGUCACGAUCAAGAGCAUCAUGAUCAGCAUAGACGAGGAAACAAUCUACAAUCACGAGGGAGACGAACCAACACGUAAAACGAAGACGUUGGCAAAACAAACACAGUCUGUGGGCGUUAAGAUGCCUGAAGCCGGCUAUUUUACAAACUUAGGUCUCGUGUUUCCGGCCAAAGACCUUAGAGACUCGGAUGGCAUAAUCCCGCGAGGGAAGCGCGAAUUUCCAAUGUACGCUACCAGCGGCUUCACCACGACGGGCACGCUGUAUAAGAUCGAGUAUUACCUGACGGUGAAGGCCAUCCUAAGUAACGCUAAAGACAUCACGCUCAAACAACCGAUCGUGGUAUGCCCCUUCGACCACGCCAGCUGUCGAGAGGAGAUGGAAGCCAUAGAACAGGCUGCGAAAGACGCCGUGAAUAUCAGCCCAGACAACCCGAAUCUACCGAAGCCAACGGUGAUACGUGCGCACGAUCCAGCUGGCCUCAGGAUGUUGGGCUUGACCAUGGUCGGCUCCGAGAGAAAGAUCUUGAUUGAGUGAGAAAUAGCACCUGGAACGUACGAGGGACACAUCGCUCUACACACGCACACACACACACACACAAACACACACACACACACAAAGGAAAUGCACAAAUACCUAUGCCUUCUCCAUGGGCCGAAUCGGGCCUCUUAAGUCUGGACCAGGUCAUGGAACUUUGUUGAAGCCGAGAGCCUGUAAUAGCCUCUCAUAAGGCUCAAGCAUAGCCUCACGUAUCCCGACGCGACAUCUCGAAUCGGAUCAACUGAGGUGCGGUUACACCACGCGUGGAAACAGAUUGGCAUAUUCGCUGGAGUCAUUUCAGGGAUCCGGGAUACAUACCGCAUGAUACCACAGCGCGAAUUCAAUGAGAGGGGCCGGGGAAAUACACGGCAUGGAGUUUCUUUCUUUCUUUCUUCUUUUUUUUUUAAAAAAAAAUUUGUUUUUUCUUUUUUAACCUUCUCUGAAGUGGAGCAUCCCUUGUUCUUUUCCUGUUCAAAAAACAAAAUCUCAAGACGAAGUGAGACCAAAUUCUCGGCAUCCGUCGUUCGGAAGACGAGCGGGGGGUGAGGCAUUGGAACAGGGGGCGAGCAUCCUCUGCACGUACUUUUUCUUAAAAGUUGAGAGGGGUUCGUGUUGGUGGGAGAGGAAAGCGGGAAAGUGAGGUUUGCAUAGAAUCUGUCGAAUCAACGAAGCAAUCUGUCUAUGUAUACCCUCUGGAAUAACUAGCGUCAUGAAGUAGCUUUUGC